CGAGACGCACAGGGCAAAUUUUUAAUAGCUGACUUUGGUAUGAGUCGAAUUUUGAAAAAUGGAUCUAACACAUUAAAAAGUGGCACCAAAAUGGGAGCUGGGUAUUGGAUUGCUCCUGAAUCAUUUUGUAAAGAUGAAGAUUCGGUUGAUAAAGCACGUUACAAAAAAGAGUCUGAUGUAAUGAAUGCUGGAAUGGUGGCUUAUUUUGUUGCAACAAAAGGGAAACAUCCUUUUGGAACUCAAGCGACAAUAUCGCCUAACUUGUUGAAUGGAAACCCUGUUUUCUGGAAUGAAAUUGAUGAUGUUAAACUUAAAGAUCUUCUAUCAUGGAUGCUACAGGUAAAACCCGAACUACGACCAAAUGCCACCGAGGCGUUAGAACAUCCUUAUCUACAAUCCGAUAAAAGAACUUUGAUAUGCUGUGUGAGGUGGCAAACCAACCAGGGAUGGAGAUACCGUAUUUAG